AUAUAAAAAAAGGAGCAAACUUUUGUUGUUAACCACUCAGCCGAGCCAUAUCCACCUUAUCCCUUCUAUUUGAAAACCCAGCAGAGAGAAGUGGCACAACGUACUUAAUUAACAAGAGUGAGCCGGCAGAAAUGAAGCUGAACCUGCUAUGCUUGGCCUUUUUGAUCCUACCUUUCGUGAGUCCUUCAACUGAAUGGCGUCGUUCCACUUCCACCCCAACUCCCUCGCCGUGGCCGGAGCAAUUUCACGCACUUCUCUACAUGAACAUGAGCUCUUCUCACACCCUCCAAAUCACCGACCUGUGGUACGACUGGACUAGAGGCCGGAACGUGAACAUAAUCCAGAAGCAACUAGGUGAGCUACUAUAUGACGUUGAAUGGAACAACGGCACGUCGUUUUACUAUACGCUAGCCGGCGCACAGGGGGAAGCCGGGGCAUGCGAGAUUAUGUAUUUUGAGGUGGGCAUUCCUCGGCCUGAUUUUCUUGAUGGAGCUAAUUACCUGGGAACUAUGCUCACGGAUGGCUUCCUAUGCCACGUCUGGGAGAAGGUGGAUUUUAUUUGGUACUACGAGGAUGUCCUCACCAGGAGGCCUGUUCGGUGGGAUUUCUAUGAUGGCAUAUCUACACACGUGAUUACAUUCGAGGUUGGUGCAGAACUGCAAGAUUCAUUGACUCAAGCACCUGCUUACUGUUUCAGUCAGGAAAGCGAGAAAUUGUUGAAACCAGACCAUGCUAAGGAAGGUGGUCAUCGUUAUUUUCUGGUUUAGAUGUGAAGAAUGGCAAUUGUAUGCCAGCUUGACCUUCAUGAGCUUUGCCCUACAAUUGAACUCUUUUCGCAUCAUGUCACGAAUACAAUUAAUAUUGGUCUUCAUAUUUCGCUUUUGCCUUCAGGUGUUUAUUUUUAAUGCUUGGAAGGACCUCUUGUAAAGAAGUGCCAUGCAGAAGAGAUGGAUAGAUAUCAGUAAUUAUAUACCAUAUCAAAAUUUCAAGUA